AUGCUCCAUCGGCUGAGCAAAUACCAGAAAGCACUAACGUGGCGACCGACCAGGACCUUCAGCAUGGCGUGGUAUUGCUCCGGGUCGACCAACACCGAGUUGAUCGAGAAUCUGGUCCAGGCGGGUUUGAUCAAGCACCCGCGUGUCAAGGAUGCCAUGAUCGGCGUUGAUCGUGCCCAUUACGCGCCGUCGCGGCCGUACUCGGACUCGCCGCAGCCCAUCGGGCAUGGGGCCACCAUCUCCGCACCGCACAUGCAUGGCCACGCAUGCGAGUAUCUGAUUGACUAUCUCCAGCCGGGCUCCCGGGUGCUGGACAUCGGAUCUGGCUCAGGCUACCUCACUCACGUCCUGGCAAACCUGGUGACGGGACCGCCAGGCACCGCCGCGCCAGGCCAGGUCAUCGGGAUCGACCACAUCCCCGAACUAGUGGACCUCGCCCGAUCCAAUAUGGACAAGUCUGAACAGGGCCGCCAGCUCCAGGCUGCUGGACGGGUGAAGUUUAUUACUGCAGACGGACGUCUGGGCUGGAAAGAAGGGGGCCCGUAUGAUGCAAUUCAUGUUGGCGCGGCGGCUGAGAAACUCCACCCGGUUCUGAUCGAGCAGCUACGGGCUCCAGGGAGAAUGUUCAUUCCGGUCGAAUCCGAGGACGAUGGGAGCAUGCUGCGCAGCAUGGGCCUCAGCAGCGGCCAGUAUAUAUGGGUGGUGGAUAAAAAGGCAGAUGGAUCGGUCCACAAAGAGAAGGUUUUCCAGGUCAGCUACGUGCCUCUGACGGACGCUCCACCAUGA